AUGCGCGUGCGCUGCCUAAUUCCGGCCUCUGCCCUCGAUAGCCAAAGGGCUGCAAGAAACAGGCCGGAGAAGCGGGGGGGAGGAGGAGAGAAGGGCGCUCGCGCAUGCGCCUCCAAACUGCCUCCUUCUGUUCCCUAUACCCGACCUUGUAAGCGGGCGGCGAGGGGAUGGGGCGCGGAGCGGGGCCCGGAUGAGGCCGAAGAGGAGCCAAGCUCAGCACAGCCGUCCUGCCAGCGACGGGCUCCCCACCCACCCGCUCAGGUCAGUGCUGGGGCCAUGCUCAUGCGCGUGAGGGCUCCCCACCCGACCCGGGUUCUCCCUCACAUCAGCUCCGUUGCCUCCGAGAAGGGGGUGAGGGAGGGAAAUGUGGCCGAGCCUGUGGGAAAAGGGCAUUAACUGAAGCGCUCUCUGCGGCGCGCAUGCGCUAGUAUCCCUGUGCAGCGCCCCCUAGCGCCUGGGGGCGCCUUGUAACUGAGGCCCGGUUGGUUCUCAGGCUGCCACUCCCUUUUCCUCCUCAGGAUUGCUGAAUGGGGUGUUGGCAUAUUGGCACGCCCUGCGGGUGGGAUGAAAACGAUGCAAGCAACGUCGACAUUAUCAACCGCUUUGAGGUGUUUUUUUUGGGGGGGGGGGUUGCACUCAAGCGGUGUAUAAAUUUUAUGAAAUAAAUAAAUACUCUGCAACAAGUGGUUCAGGUUGCAAUCCUACGCACACUUAACAUGUUAAAAAGGCCCUUUGCAUGUAGUGGGGUUAACCUCUGAGUAAAUGUGUGUUGUCCGAGUAUCUUCCACUCACCAUCAUUCCCCCCACCCACUUUUGCCUGCUUAAUGCUCCCAGUGACUACUUAUGUGGACUCUCUUAAUGCAUAAACAUGCCCCUUUGAGACUAUGGCAGGAUGGUUAAAAGAUAACUAAUUAAUGAUGUUAAACUGCAACCAGCCAGCCCCCAUUCACAAGCAUCCUGUUUGUAGGAUCAAAUAAACUUAUGAAAUGGGAACACAGUGGUAACUAUUGUGAUUCAGGAUGCAUUUAUGUAAUUGUUUUUCUUUUUGGGGGAGUAACUGUUGCAGUCUUCCAUGUAGCCUUUCUUAGUUACUUAGAUGUGCAAAAAUAAACAGGGAUUUAAUUCUUUUUAAAAAAGGAUUACAGAAGCUCAUAUACCGUAUUUUUCGCCCCAUAGGACGCAAUUUUUCCCCUCCAAAAAUGAAGGGGAAAUCUGGGUGCGUGCUAUGGAGCGAAUGCAGGUUUUCGCUGAAGCUUGGAGAGCGAGAGGGUCGGUGCGCACCGACCCCUCUCGCUCUCCAGGCUUCGGGAAGACAUCCGCAGCCUAGUUCCCGCAGGGCUGUCUAUGCUGCGGAUAGCAGCCUGCACCCCAGAGCGCCGGGUGCGCUGAAAGCAGAGCACCCGGUGCUUUGGGAACACAUCUGCAGCCUAGGCAGCCCUGCGGGAGUUCCCGCAGGGCUCCCCACGCUGCGGAUAGCAGCCUGCCGCCCGGCACGCGGGGCGCCCUGAAGCAGAGUGCCCCUUGCGCCGGGCAGACAUCGGCCAGCCCCACAAGCUCGGGGGACAGCGGGGAGGCGCAGCGCCGCCAUCCCGCUGUUCCCCGACUUGGUUUUGGGGGAGAAAUAAAGGAAAACAUUUUUUCCUUUAUUUCCCCCCCCCAAAAAAACUAGGUGCGUCCUAUGGGACGGAGCGUCCUAUGGGACGAAAAAUAUGGUAUGUGUCAGCAGCCAAACAGAAAUCAAACAGAAUUGGGGAUAAAAAGCACCCCGUGGCACCCCACGGUACAACUGCCAAAGGGGAAAACCUAAUCCCCUAAUGCUAUUUACUAAAUCCAGCCCCUUAGGUAAGAGCGUUAUCGCUUCAACACAGUGCCACCAACUCACAACACAGAUGUGGCCAUAGUCAAAGGUAUCAAAAGCUGCUGAGGGACCAAGCAAGAGCAACAAGGUCUGUCCUGCUUCUGAAGGACAUCAUGUAUCAGGACACCCAAAGAUGAUUUUGUUCCCAAACAUGGCUCAAACCCAGACUGAAAUGGGUCAAUAUCAUCAGCUUCCUCUAAGAGUGUCUGCCAGCCCCCUCUCAAGCACCUUACCCCCAAAAGGGGAUAUUUGUGAUAGGGUGGUAGUUGUCAAACACCUCAAGAUCCAAGGAAGGCUUCUUUAGGAGCACUACUGCCUCCUUUGUGUACGUUUAUAACAUACUUUAGUUUCUGUAUUUAAUGAAAACCAUAACAUACCAGGAUUAGUUGAAGAAACAAAUACUGUGAUAUAUUUUAAAAGAUUUCUAGAUUUGUGUCUAUGCUCGUAAUUGUAUUGGUCACACAGAAUGCUUGUUAUUAGCAACAGAGCAAAUACUAAAGAUACCAGUGCACCUUGUAAAAGAAAAAAAGUUUAAAAAUACCUCUCUCUGAAAUCCUGGAGAGCUACUGUCAGACGGGACUGUCCUCAUUCAGGCACAGUUGGUCUGGCUUUGGAAAAGGCAGCUGCUUAUAUCCUUCAGCACCACAAAGAACUCUCUCUAAGAAAGGUUUCUUUUUGUAUGUGUCCUGUUGGGUGCAUUUGUUAACACAAGGAAUUGUUUUAGCCACACAGAAUGAUUUCUGUAUAGGUGGCUACAGUUUCCCUAAAGGUUUUGGAAGUGCUUCAAACUGUAGCUGGUUAUAUAUUUACCCGAGCUACAUGGUUGCAGCUGCUCCAUGGCUGGAUCUUCCACAGCUCUGGUAAUAUUUGAGUAACAGAGGAAGAUCAGUGCAGCAGCAGGAGUGUUUAUAUCAAGCUGUGUAUAUGUAAAUACAGCUUGCAUAGUGCAAGUAACCCCAUCCUGAAGAUUGUUAAAGCACACUAAAGCAAUUUCAAGUUUGCCUUCCUGGUUCACAGUGAAAGCUUUUCUUCCUCCAAUCGGUGACUGAUUUGGAAGUCCCAUGUUCUGUUUUGUAUCCCAUAUCUACAUUGCUUGCGCUGUGCUAGUAUACCGACCACUGAGAUCAAAACAGAUUUCAUGCCCUGACUUUCAAGGAAAAGAGAUGGGGAAGUAUCAUUUUUAAAUUUUUCUUGUGAUCAGAGAACCUUUGCUAAGCAGCAGGCAAAAACUACCAUUCUUCCCACCUCCUCUCUUUCCUUUAGGAAAGGUUGGCAGGAAGCUUCUCUGGCUGCUUCUCCAUAAUAGGGCUCAUCUGAUGAGCUUUUGUGACCAUAAUUUUUGGCUUUGCAGGCAAGGCCAGCCAAAAAAUAUGGACCUCUGCACAGAUGUCACAAAGUAAAAUGCUUCCUCAAAGCUGUGGAAAGCAGUGUUCUCCCCAUUCAUAUUUUUUGGUGUAACCCAGCCCAUUUUAGCCACAAUUCAGUUUUAGAUCCCACUGACUUCAGUGGGAGCUACGUAUGUGCUUAGUUCUCUCUCUGAAUUUAAUUGAAUUGUUCAUCCAGAUAAGAUUUUUUUCUUUUUUAUUGAGGCAAACAUUCUGCCAGAUUUGAGCAUGUGUGGACACAUGAUAUUAGCUGUGGCUCAGCAAAUGAGGAAUCUGGAAUAAGAAAAUGUUUCCCAGAACAUUUUAACACCAGAGAGAGCGGAACUGUUCAGUGUUUGUUAUUUGUUGUACCAUGACUUUGAAAUGAACUUAUGAUAAAGGUUAUACUGUGUCUGAAUGUUUGCUAAUAAACUGCUUAAAAAGCAAAUUGUGUAUGGACUUGAAGAGUUGCAGCUGUGCUGUUAACAAAAUAGGAACCUGACAUGGGUCAAAUCAGGUUUGUUUAUGAUACAUAGAUUCUUUGUAUUCCUUCCCUUUGACCCACUUACAGUUAAAGGCACCUUAUGGACACUUUUCUAGCUUUUAGUCAUUCAAGGUCAGUGGGGCUACUCAGGGCAAAGUGGUUUAAGUUUUCACUCAUGAAGCUCAAUUCAGUGCAUAUUUAGUGAGGGCUAAGUCUGUUCAGUUAUGCUAGGAUUGCAGGCUCAGCUGAGAAAACUUCAAUUCUGAAAUGCAAGGCUAUGUUUUCAGAAUGAGUUAUCUUCUGAUUAGGUAGCAGUAGUUGUUUGAUUCAGGGCCAAAACUGCAUGAGAGACAUGGCAUCUAUGGUGGGAGCUCCCAUUUUUAUUUUUUAUUUUGAAGUAAUUUUAAGGGGAUUCAAUUUUUGUUGGAACAGUUGUGUGGAAGGAGAGAGAGAUAAACUCCAUGGCUUCAUACUCCUUAUCUAAAUCUCCAAGGUGUUGUUUCACUGGUGGUUUGGCACUUGCUCUUGGCUGUGCAACUUAAUUGGAGGACCUUCGUAAGACUUUCAUAAGCAAUAGUAGGCAAGAGAGUGAUUCACAUGGGAGUUACGAGUUGUCCUGAUAAUUUUUAUUCUAUGAUUCUGGUUUUGAAAUAACAACAUGUUCUACCAGUGUAUAGUCUACACAUGAUAAACUUUAGCGCUGAGAGAGAACAGAGUGUUCUUUACAUAAAUGCAAGUCAGUCUGACAGCAAGGAUAGCUAAGGCAAGAGAUUCAAACAAGGCUUAUAGUUUUGCCCUAAGACAAUCCCCAGGUUCUGUGAUGGAAAUAAACAAUGUGCAUGCAGGAAAUUGGCACAGACAUAUUUUAAACUAGUGUACUCUUAUACUUCUUGUUUUAGGUUUACCUCCUGUUCCAAGAUAUAGAAUUCUUCUCUCAGAAUUGACAUAAAAGGGGAAAGAUUAUGAGCUAAUAGGAGUGUAGGGCAAGAACUAGGGUCCAGGGAGAAAAGGAAGUAUGAAGAGUAGGAGGGGUGGGGAUCUUCAAAUUGCUAAGAUUUAUUGAGAUUAGCAGACCUCUUUGAAAGGUACCUCUGAAUAUUGAAGGGUUCCCUCUUCUGCAUUGAAUUUUGAACUUCAGGUCCCUUUGUUUAAAGUCCUGACUUUAGAAAUCCUAUAAUACUUCACCGCUUGCAAAAAAAAGUGCACUUGCAAGGCUGAGAUGACUGAUGAAUUUUCUGUCUGAUGUACAUCAUUCCAACAUCACAUUAACCUUGCUGUGCUGGGAUAACAUUGUAUUGCAUUGUUUGUAUUGCUUUCAUUAAAGUACUUGUACUCUGCCCUUCCAGGCUUGCAGAAGGCAGCACACAAUUAAAAAAAAUAAAUACAUAACAGGGCUAACAGGAUAGAGUAGUCAAACUUAAAAAUAGCACAGUUUGCUUCAGGUCGAAAGUGGAUGUCAGAUUUCUCCAUCUGAUCCAUAGUCCCUUUGCUGUAAUAGACUUCUACAGGAAAGUCCAUUACUGAUUGAAGUUUCUACUUGGAUGACAUAGAAGAUAUAAUUUGGAAUGGAAAAACCCUAGGUUGCAGAGCUUUUCCAAAAUAGCCAUUGUCAUUCUCCUCCUGUCUCAUGAACCAUGGCAUCUACAUCCAUAAAAUUAUGCCAAACUGUAAGCUUUAAAAUGUUUCCACAAUAGCUUCUGCUCUGUCAUUUAACAUAUACAAUGCCAGUAAUAACCAAAAUAUGUAGAAGAGAAUCAGAAACUUUGGGGGUGUACACUUCAAAAUAAGCUUUGGGCCACCACAGAUUAUAUGCCUACUCUUCUAGUAGAAAGUUCCCAGUGAGGUAGCAUUGCAUUGCAUCUCUCUCUGUAUCUGUUUGGGGACAAGUUAUAACCAACAUAGUGCCACAUACCAAUCAUAUCCAAAAUAAACAAAAUACUGGACUGAACUUGAUACAGUCUCAUAGAAGACACUGUCCUGGAUGUAUGAGUAUAUGAUUUGUGAUGAGCCAGAAUGUGGGGUGUAAAGGAAGCUACUCUUAACAAAUUCUGAAAAUUGAAAUUGUACUUCAUGGUUGCAGUUGAAUUUCAGAUUUUUAAACUUGAAUCUGAAUGUAUGUGAUAUCAUGAGUAGUCCUGUUUAUAUCAUGUGAUGAAUUCUUGAGUGAAAUUGAGUGUAAUACAUAUUGAGUGUAAUACAUAUAGAGCUGUAUUGAAAGCAGUUUCUCUCACUAUAAUAGUAUUUUGCAGCGACGAAAAUACUUUGUGUUCUUUUUAUUGCAGGCAUAA